CAUUGAUCGAAUGCUGACCUACAAUCCGCCCGUGUACCAUGGCUUCCAGUACCCUGGCGAGUACGAGGCGCUGGCCUGGAUUAUCGGGUGCACCGGCUUGCUGCAGGUGCCCAUCGGUGCAUUUGCAUGCGUUGUGGAGAACGUCAGGUACCCAGCUCGAGCAUUUCAGCCCGAGUACCACUGGGAACCGAAUACACCGAACCGAGUGAAUGCGUACUUCGAGGAGCUUGAGGAACAGGGUGACUCGAGCGCCGAGGUCCAGGGCGUCCUCUACGACGCAACUGAGGCACUCGAAGUAUCCAUAGACGUCGACGAGCCCCUCACUUUCAAGCCAGAGAUGGAUGAGACUGAGGCAUGAAUAGCGACGUGGGCAGCGUCAUCCCUCGCCUACUUGACAACGCUCCUCGCAAAGACUACUGUGCGGCUGUAUGCGUACUCUGAAGUACUUUUUAUGAGCGAAUAUUUUCGUUUGGGCAGCGAGCAUAACUUCAAUAAAGCGAUUUGUUUCUCU